AUGCCUCGACGCGACCAGCUCAGCAGCUCUGCGGUGGAGUUGUGUAGCUCAGAGUCUGGUGUAGCGUACAAAGGAGAUUCUUUUCAAGCAAGUUUGGCCCAACCCCAUAAGACAGAGGAGAAUCCCUUUCAAGCAAGUUUGGCCCAACCCCACAAGACAGAGGAGAAUCCCUCUCAAGCAAGUUUGGUCCAACCCCACAAGACAGAGGAGAAUCCCUUUCAAGCAAGUUUGGCCCAACCCCACAAGAGAGGACAAGAGAGGAAUCCCUUUUCAAGCAGAGGAGUCCCUUUCAACAAGUUUCCCAACCCCACAAGCAGAGGAGAAUCCCCUUUUCAAGCAGUUGGUCCAACCCCACAAACAGAGGAGAAUCCCUUUCAAGCAAGUUUGGCCCAACCCCACAAGACAGGAGGAGAUCCCUCUCAAGCAAGUUUUGGUCCAACCCCACAAGACAGAGGAAAUCCUUUCAAAGCAAGUUUGGCCCAACCCCACAAGACAGAGGAAAUCCGCUUCAAGCAGUUUGCCCAACCCCCACAAGACAAGAGAGAAUCCCUCUCACGCAAGUUUUGGCCCAAACCCCACAAUAACAGAGGAGAAUCCCUUUCAAGCAAGUUUGGCCCAACCCCACAAGACAGAGGAGAAUCCCUUUCAAGCAAGUUUGGCCCAACCCACACAAGAGGAGGAAGAAUCCCUCUUUCAAGCAAUUUGCCACCCCCCCAAAGACAGAGGAGAAUCCCUCAAGCAAGUUUGGCCCAACCCCACAAGACAGAGGAGAACCCUUUAAGCAAGUGGCAACCCACAAGACAGAGGAGAAAUCCCUUUCAAGCAAGUUUGCCCAACCCCACAAGACAGGGAAUCCCUUUGCAAGCAAGUUUGGCCCAACCCCACAAGACAGAGGAGAAUCCCUUUCAAGCAAGUUUGGCCCAACCCCACAAGACAGAGGAGAAUCCCUUUCAAGCAAGUUUGGCCCAACCCACAAGACAGAGGAGAAUCCUUUCUUUGGCCCACCCCAGCAGUUUGGCACUUUCAAGCUUUGGACAGCUGUCGUCUAUCAUGUUUUCAAAUAUUUUUAGCAGGUAUAAAGAAAUGGUGGACCUUUGA